AGUGCCUCCGGGUAAGCGUGCGGAGGAAGGGCGUAUCAGAUUCUGUCUUCUUAUUCAUAACUUGUGCUCAGUGUGAAACAGGAAUGCCGAAGCCUUACUUAGAGGUUGUUAGCUGUGCCCUUGCAGUUUCAUCGAGAUACGGCGGGACGCAGAAAGAGUGGCAAAGAGAGGGAGGGACAACGGGGAACAGGAAGCAAGCGAUCCAAUCCAACGAACAGUGAAUGAAAAAUGGAUAGAUAGAUAUAGACGUGUAGAGAAAGAGAGAGACAUAGAGAGAGGGAAGCAAAAAAAAAAAAACAUGGAAACGUAAAUAAGUGAAUGAAUACAUAAAUGAAAUUGAAAGAAAAAAAAAAGAGGAGAAAAAAUACGAAUAUAGAACACUAACUCCCAAAGAAAUAACCAAACCGAUGUGAAUAUUGACUGGAGGAUUAGAAAAGAGAAAGAGCGAGAGAGAGAGAGAGAGAAAAAAAAAAAGGAACUGAAAGAGAAGUGACUAUAAAAUCGAUAGAAUUGAAUGUGAAUGAAAUCUUUGAAAGAAAUAUAUGUAACAUCAAGGGUUUAAUGACGACUGGCGCCCACCAUCACUGCAGGUUUUUGGUCGGGGAGUUCCUGUGAUUGCUGCUCUCACUCGCUCACUCCAAGUUCCUGCGCCACUGAACCGGAAAGGAAAAGUUUGAUUAGUAGUCUGAGUGAAGGUGCUCAGAGAAAAAAGUGAGAGUUGAAGGGAGAAGGAGGACGACGGCGACGAGAAGGAGAGACGCUGACGGUAAAGAUGACGUAAAAGGAUGUGAAAAUAGUUGUGCUGGAAGAAAAAUUGUUGAAAUAUUGAUAUAUGGUUUGUAUAUACACACUGAAAUGAAUAACUGGCAGCGGGUGCGAGUGUAGGGAAAUGGAGUGUGCGAAGUGAUUUUGUAAAUUCAGUGAAGUGAAAAUUGUCAAUAUUUACGUGUUUUUAGAUGAAAUGGCAGCAAGCAAGGCAAGAAAAAUGUACAUGAAAGCGUUUGAAUGACUAUUGUGAACAUGCUUUCCGAGUGACGCUGUACACCCACUCAAUCCAUGACUAUACUGACUCAAAUUUGUGAACACACUGACGCAAUUGAAAGAAAGAAACUUUGAAUAACAUGAACGAUAAAGAAUAUGAAAAAAAUGUGAACAUGUGGAAAUAAACUCCGUGGAAAACUGAAUGUGCGAAAGGAAAAAGUUAUUAGAAUACUCCCAAAAUACACUGAAAGGAAAAUUGAGAGCACAGUAAAGUGAAGGCAGUAAAUAUACUGAAAUGAAUGCAAGGAAGAUGGAGGACCGCGUCACAUGCAAGAGCGUUUUAAGGUGUGAAAUCGCGUUGAAGAGAGCUGCCGCCUGCAGGUAGUGCGAGGCCUGGCGGAUACCAUUUUUUCCCCUCUCUUUUUCAAGGGAGGAAAAGAAGAAAUAAUAAAACUAAAGUCAGACGAAGGAGACACAGAGUGCAUCUUCUCUUCCAAUGUCUCCGCCGACGACGAGGCUGCUGCUGCUGGCCCUCCCCUCCCUCCUGGCAGGAUGGGGGGCGGCAGGGCGGCAAAGGUUCCGGCAGCGGCCUGAGAGCGUGGAGGUGGUGGAGGGCGAGGACGUGUUGCUGCGCUGCGAGGUGGAGGGGCAGGAAGGCCGCGCCCAGUGGACCAAGGACGGCUUCGCACUGGGGUUCGAGCGGGAGGUGCCGGGCUACCCUCGCUUCAGCUACCUAGGUCGCCCGGCUCUCGGUCAACACCACUUGCUCAUCAGCGGCGUGACCACCACAGAGGACGGCGAAUACCAGUGCCAGGUGGGGCCCGGCUCCUCCAACCGCCCCAUCUGGGCCGCCGCCAACGUCACCGUGCUGGUGGCCCCGCGUAGUGUUGAAAUCCUUGAGCGAAGCGACGGAGAGGAGGUGGUGGUGGCUGAGGGCGGCUCGCUAACCCUCGACUGUGUGGUGAAGGACGCUCGUCCGGCGCCCACAGCUACCUGGCUCAGGGACGGAUUGGUGGACGAGACAGUGGAGAAGUCCUCACUACCUCGCAGAUGGAGCAUCAGGAGUCGCUUGGUGCUGAGGGUGACUGCUGAGGACGACGGGCGGCUGUUUUCUUGCGAGGCUGCGCAUCCGGCUAUUAGGGGGGACACCGCACCCCCACUGGCCUCUGUCACUCUCUCCGUUCUCCAUCCUCCUGGGCGUCUCAGCAUCAGUGGCUACCGGGAAGACGAGGUGCUGGUGGCGGGGCAGCGCGUGAUGCUUGUAUGUCAGGCAGAGGGCGGCAAUCCCCGCCCCGCCCUCACAUGGAGUCGCCGCCCUCGUGCAUUGCCCCGCGCCUCUUCCACUCCUUCUGUCGUCACCCUUGCUGCCACCUCCACCACCACCACCGCCACCAUCACCACCAGCCGCCUGCAACUCACCGCCGCCGCCGAGGACGAUAAAGCAGAGUACGAGUGUCGGGCUGAGAGUGACCUGCUGCAGAGACCCCUUGUUGCCAGCGUGACCCUCACCGUAUACUAUGCGCCCUCGUCAGUGAGCGUCUCGGGGCCGCGGCAGGUAACGCUGGGGGAGGUUGUCUCUCUCACCUGCGAGACCAGCGAAUCCAACCCACCUGCUGUCCUCACCUGGCGAGUAGACGGAGGGGAGGUGCGAGCGACGCGGGAGAUCAUGAGUGAGGUGAGCACGGGAGGGUGGGCCACGUCCUCGGAGUUGAUCCAUCGCGUGCCCGACUCGACCCCCGCCACACAGGUCACCGUGGAGUGCCUGGUGGUGAACCCUGCCGUCACGCGUCCCAGGAGCAAGACUGUCUUUAUCUCCAUUACCAAGCCAGCAGGUCCUCCGAUAUUUGAAGGCAAUCCGGGCAGAGAUGUCUUGGCGGGAACAACAAUUGACGUGAUCUGCCUGAGCCACGGGGGUCAUCCUGCUCCAAAUAUGAGGCUGUACAAGGUGAACCAGCCCAUCACCACCGUUGUCACCAGGAAGGGCAACGUGACCCGCGCCAAGGCACAGCUGCAGGUCAUCCCCAGCGACAAUGGUUCAGAAGUCACGUGUGAGGUCACCAGCUCGGCCACCGCCAGACCCAUGACGGCCUCCUUCGUCAUGUCGGUUCUCUUCCCGCCAUGGGAGGUGAACGGAUGGGUGUCGCCGCCCUCAGUGGAAGAAGGAAAGUCGCUCACGCUGUCCUGCCUCUCCUCCCCGAGCUUACCGCCCUCCAACGUCACCUGGAGGUCACGCUGGAUCACACUCGAGGAGGCACAGGUCACCCACAGCCCGGCAGCCUUCGGAGGAUUCUCCACAGAGUCCGAGGUGGUGGUAGUGCGAGCGACGGCGAGCCACAACGGACGACCAGUGGUGUGCGAGGCCACCAACGGGCUGGCCUCCCCUGUCUCCACCUCCCUCACACUCCACGUCCUUCACGCACCGCUGUGGGUCUCCAAGCCGCCGACGAGGAUCAACGUGACGGAGGGAAGCGACCUGCUGGUGAAGGCCGCUGCCACGGCCAAUCCAGGGCCUAUCAGAUACUUGUGGCGCCGCGUGAAAAGUGAGAGAGACACGAACACUGUUGUUAACGAAGAGAGCGAGGAAGACGAAGGGAGCCGCAUUGAUCAGGAGAAGGCAGGCUACAGUGGUGGCGAAGGGGAGAUGAGGAUAAGGCGAGUGUCAAGGAAGGACGCGGGACACUACAGCGUGAAGGUUACAAGUCCACGGGGAACCUCCAGCGCUCCCUUCUUCGUCAAUGUCCAGUAUGGUCCCGAGGAUGUGGUGGCGGAGGCAAGGCGGGAGGUGGCGGCUGGUGAGGAGGUGAGACUCAAGUGUUCCUCCCGCGGUAACCCUAAACCUCACCUCACCUGGACCCGGGACGCUAAACCCCCGCCAAGACUGGUUGGUGGUUUGGCCUUCGGUGAGGGCGUGGCCUGGCUGACAGUGGAUGCAGCCUCCAUGAAGGACACUGGCGUAUAUUUCUGUCAUGCUCGCAGCUCUCUUGGCUCUGCCACCCCCAGGGCCACCCGCCUUGUGGUUCAACAGCCAGCGACGGUGGUUCCUGAAGUGGGUGUCUCUAAUAAACCAAAUGAUAAAGAUGAAUUCCACGCGUCAUGGGCGGAGGUUGGCGGUACUGGGCGGCUGGUGUGCCGGGUGCGGGCCGCCCCGCAACCCACGUUCGUGUGGAGCAGCUCCAGCGAUCUCAUCCUUCUCAACAGUGACAAGUACACCAUCCACGAGCCGCAGCUGACGGACGGUCUGGUUACGUGGGCGUCCGUGCUGGAGGUCACAAAGAUCCGCCACCAAGACUACACCAGCUAUCGUUGUACGGCACAUAACGCGCUGGGGUCAGAUUCCGUCUUGGUGCACCUCAGACCGCCCAGCCGGCCGCUGCCACCCCUUCAUCUCAUUGUGGCUAAUGUGACGGGAGAUGAGGUAUGGCUCACCUGGACCCCUAACCUAGGGGGCGGCUCUCCGCGGGGCUACACCGUCAGGUACAGACCUGUGAACGGAUCAGAAUACGAGCACGUGGAGGUGGCGGGGGGCAUGACCUCCGUGGUGCGUAUUGUAGGGCUGGAUCCCGGGCGCCAGUACACGGUGGGCGUGCAGGCCGUCAGCCCGCACGGCCGCUCCCACUUUGUAAGCCGCGCCGUUCUCACCUGGCCAGGUCGAGACACGGAGCCGCCCACCAGCUUCCAGGGACUUGCGGGCGGCAGUGCGGUGGUGGCGGGAGGCAGGGGCGGUGGAGGCGGCGUGGACGGAGGAAGGCAGGGAGGCUCCACUCCUUCCAGGCUGCCACGUUUCAUGCUCCUGCUCCUCACACUGACGGGCGCCGCACUCCUGCUCCUUAACAUAUCCAUCAUCACCUGCUUCGUUAGGAGACGAGCUGCAGCUGCUGCCGCUGCGGCUGCUGAUGCUGCUGCUGCAGCUUCAGCGUCCACCAAGAGUUCUCCCACACCAGGAAUUAAGGAUGGUGGAUCUCCCUCUGCGGUGCCGGGAACUCUCCCUUACCUGCCUCUGCUGCCGCUCACCGCCCUCUCCCCCGGUGGACAGUUACAGUCUCCGACUCUCGACCAGGUGGACAAGCUUGUCUUCUGCGGUAAUGGAGGAUUAGUGCCUCCUCCUGCCGCUGCUGCUGCAGCUGUCCCUACUACCACUACAAUUACCACCACACAGCUUUCACCACGUAAUGGCGGAGUCAUCACAACCAGUAGCACGUUCAUCGCCCUUCGUACAACUCCCCCCCGAACGAGCUCAUGGGGAGGCGGCUCUGACGGUUCCCCACAUCAACUUUCUGCUGUUUCUAACACUUCUGCAGAAACUAAUUUCGGAGUUCCAACUUCCAUUACUAGCGCUUUCUCCGCAGGAAGCCCAAAGAUUUCUCGAAGUCCACAUCGUACCGUAAGCUUGCCACAAGGACCUGACGUCUGCCUAGUAACGCCAAGUACUUACGAGGACAUAUCUGGCCGGCUAAGCAGUCUCCAUCCACCAUCAGAAGACCAAGUAUCUAUCAGCUCCUGUAGAAGCAGUACUAUUGAAAAUUCAAGUGUUUGCUCCUCUCAAGGGCUUUUCCGUCCACUGUCGUCGCUCAGAAAUCUUGAAUACCUGCAGGAGGCACCGGAAAUAGUUCAGGAUGCGGUUAGGUCUCUUCCACGACCACAGCAUGCGACGUCCCGGUCCUCCUCCCCAGGCAAAGACCACUGUGGCCUUGAGGACUCCCAGUCCACGGAAUACUCUAGCUUGAGCCCCUCCGGCCUUCUCCUGUCGGGAUCUCACUUGCCUAGGUCACCCUGUAGCCUUGUCUCCUUUACAGGUGGAGCGGGUCGCCAGCAUACAUACACCCCCCUCGCACCCCGACGCCUUACGCCUAUCAAAAUUCCUUGUCCCCGUCCACCCUCCCGCUCCCCUGAUGCAGCAGCAGCUCAGCAAGACCACUUUGAAUCCCCCACCGCAUCUACAACAUCGAGUCUUUGUGACCAAGACAGAAGAAGUCAUAACCUCAUGACAACAACGAAAAAUAAACACGUAUCAGAAGCAAGCACGUCGUCAGAUUUGUCUAAUACCGCCACCUGUGGCGCAAGUGCUAAGCUCAAGAUUAACUGCUCCAGUAACACCGUCAGGAGUCCCGUCUCUGAGCAAUCAUUUCAGUUACCCAUUACCAGCCCAUGCGACUCACCUGGUUUGUUGCAGCCGCUCCCUUCGUCCUCCCUCACCCUUAGCCAGCAGCAGGAGGCACAGCACGACCAAGCAAGAGCAGACGAUCCCCUGCAGGAAUUCAGUGGUUCCUCUGGGUACAAUAGCAGCAGUCCAGAUCAGGAUAUGACCAGAGACCCGAGGAAUGAUGUCCUUUGGUCUGAAAAGACAGCAGAGGGGGAAGACGAUCCUAGUAAGAGGGAACCCGAAACUGGAGAACAGUGAGGUGUCAGAUCCUCUUCGCAUAGAAGUAACAUCAUCCACCUGUCAUCGGGAUCCAAUCAAAGAAUCCGAGGCGAGGCUGGAAUCCUGUAGAUGGACGGAAGCGUCAAAAGCAAGAAAGGUUUGUAUUUAGUGCGGAGAUAAAUUAGGAAAUAUAUUUUACACGAAUUCGUAUUUGUAAAUGCCAAUAAUGUAUAACUUGCAUAUAUGAUGUAUAAAUGUUAUUUCUAUAUUAAUAUACGCAUCUUUGAAAUAUUAUGGUGGUUAGCGCUGCCCCGUUAAUUAAGUGUGUGUGUGUGUGUGUGUGUGUGUGUGUGUGUGUGUGUGUGUGUGUGUGUGUGUGUGUGUGUGUUAUGACAGCAAGAACCAGGAUGUGGUGAUGGUAAUAAAAAAUGUUCAUAUUUUUAUACAGUAA